AUGGGCGUGUGUUACCCCAUGAUAACUAUGCCCCUCAGUGUUGCCCGAGGCAAAGAUCCAGAAGCGAUGGAGAUGGGGGGAGGGGCUGGAGAGGACCCAGGAAGAACUGCUGCCAGCAGCUGCCUGGCUGACCCCAUUGCCAACAUGAACGAGAGUCGAAGGGAAGCUCUGGCGGCGCCUGCCACCACGGCCUCCUCUGCCACCACUGGCUCCAACAGCACCAUCUCUGCUGGACCCGGGACAGGUGAGAAGGACGAGGCCUUUUCCAAGAUCAAGGACAAGUUCAUGAAUGAACUCAACAAAAUUCCAUUACCAUCAUGGGCCAUUGUCUCCAUCGCAUUUGUGGCCAUCAUCCUGGGGCUCGCCUGCUGCUUCUGCAUCUGCAAAAAGUGGAUAUUCAAGAAGAAAAAUAAAAAGAAGGGCAAGGACAAGGGGAAAAAUGCCAUCAACAUGAAGGAUGUCAUAGACGGGACCAAAACCGAGGAUGAGGAGGAUGCCGAAACAGGGUUGACCGAAAUGGAGAAGAAAGAAGAUGAGCCCAAGGAGGACCAGAAACUGGGGAAAUUACAAUACUCCCUGGAUUACAAUUUCACUGAGAACUCGCUCAUUGUGGGGAUCAUUCAGGCAGCGGAGUUACCUGCUAUGGACAUGGGUGGCACAUCUGACCCGUACGUGAAAGUCUACCUACUGCCUGACAAGAAGAAGAAGUUUGAGACCAAGGUUCACAGAAAGACCCUAAACCCCGUCUUCAAUGAACAGUUUACAUUUAAGGUUCCUUAUGUGGAGCUCGGAGGAAAGACACUUGUGAUGACAGUGUACGAUUUCGACCGCUUCUCCAAACACGACGCCAUCGGGGACAUCAAAGUUCCCAUGAACAAGGUGGACUUCAGUCACAUAACGGAAGAGUGGCGGGAUCUGCAGAGCGCUGAGAAGGAGGAGCAAGAGAAACUGGGCGACAUCUGCUUCUCUCUGCGCUAUGUCCCCACCGCUGGGAAACUAACUGUGGUCAUCCUGGAGGCCAAGAAUCUGAAGAAGAUGGACGUGGGGGGCCUUUCAGAUCCAUAUGCAAAGAUCCACCUCAUGCAAAACGGAAAGAGGCUGAAGAAGAAGAAAACGACAAUCAAAAAGAACACCCUCAACCCUUACUACAACGAGUCCUUUAGCUUUGAAGUCCCUUUUGAACAAAUUCAGAAAGUGCAGGUUGUUAUAACUGUUCUAGACUAUGACAAGAUUGGCAAGAAUGAUGCAAUCGGGAAGGUCUUUGUGGGCCUGAACAGCUCAGGGACAGAGCUGCGCCACUGGUCCGACAUGUUGGCGAACCCCCGGAGACCUAUUGCCCAGUGGCACGUGCUGAAGCCGGAGGAGGAGGUGGACGCGCAGCUCUCCACCAAGAAAUAG